AUGAAGCAAAACAUUGAUAUCUUUGCUCUAGAAUUUGAUGCUAUUCUCGCUGCCAUAACCGGUGAGGCUGCCGCUCUAGGUGCUAGAGUGUCUGCUACCCCAGGUGCUGGUGAGGCUGCUGCUCUAGGUGCUAGUGCGUCUGCGCCCCCUGGUACUGAGUCGACUGAGGCACUGCACACCUUUACACUAGACUCAGGUGCCUCCUGCUGUUUCUUUCGUGACCGCACGGCUCUUGAGCAGCUUGCUCGGCCCGUUGCAGUCUCUCUCGCUGACCCCUCUGGGGGUCCAGUCCUUGCGACCUCCUCCACUGUCCUCCUCUGUCCGGCCGUCCCGUCGGGCACACUGCCCGGUCUCUACCUCCCCUCGUUCUCUACGAACUUGGUGGCGGGUAGUACGCUCCAGGACAGGGGUGUCCACCAGUUCACCCCUGCCUACGAGCGCGUGACACACAGCACGUGUGCUCGGACGGGCCGUCACCUGGCGACCUUCACACGGCAGCCGGGGUCGGACCUGUACACACUGACUUCUGAGUCCCCUCAGGUAGCUGCAUCUACGUCUGCGUCAAGUCAGCUGUCGGCCCCUUGCUCGUGCCGCUCUCUGGCGCACGAGACCGUCCUCUGGCACCACCGACUUGGUCACCUGUCCGUGCAGCGCCUUCGUGCCAUGCACUCCCGGUACCUUGUCUCUGGUCUUCCCAGCGUUCUCCCUCCCCUCCCACCCUCGCCUGCUCCUCCCUGCCUUCCCUGUGUCGAGGGGCGGCAGCGCGCUGCUCCUCACUCCUCCUCGUUUCCCCCAACGACUGCUCCCUUGCAGACGCUCCACAUGGACGUGUGGGGCCCCGCCCGCGUCCGUGGUCAGGGUCAGGAGAGGUACUUCCUGAUAGUUGUUGACGACUACUCCCGCUACACCACGGUCUUCCCCUUGCGCACCAAGGGUGAGGUCCCUGAUGUUUUGAUCCCUUGGAUCCGCGCUUCUCAUCUCCAGCUCAGCGAGCGUUUCCACUCGGACUUUCCUGUCCUGCGCUUGCACUCUGACAGAGGUGGUGAGUUCUCCUCCGACCUCUUGGCAGCCUACUGUGCGGAGCACGGCAUCCGCCAGUCGUUCACGCUUCCGGCCUCUCCACAGCAGAAUGGGGUUGCUGAGCGCCGCAUUGGCCUCAUCAUGGAGGUCGCUCGUACCUCCUUGAUCCACGUGGUUGCCCCCCACUUUCUGUGGCCGUUUGCGAUCCGAUACGCUGCGCAUCAGCUCAACCUCUGGCCCCGUGUCUCCUUGCCGGAGACCUCCCCGACACUGCGUUGGACGGGAGAGGUUGGCGAUGCGUCGCCUUUUCGGGACGUCACCUUUGACGAGUCGGUACCCUUCUACCGCCUCUUCCCCUACCGCACUGCCCCGCUCCCUCCCCCGCCUCUCUUCCUCGCGCCAGGUGCUGCUGUGGUAGACCCACUUCCCCCUCAGGGUGCCGCUCCCUCAGGUGUGUCCCAGGUAGACCCGGUUGAGCCUGUCGAGGUAGCUGUCGACUCUCGUCCUGCUAGGGGUGCUGAGCGUACUGAGCCUGGGGGUGCUGAGCUUGGGAGAACGGAGCCUGCGGGUGCUGAGUCUGGGGGUGCUGAGUCUGGGGGUACUGAGCCUGGGAGUGCUACACCUGGAGGAGCUCUCUCCUCACAGCAGCUGCGUGAGUGGUACUUACAGUACAACAGCCUCAGGAGAGGUGCUUCGGGAGCUAGGAGUGCUGCUGGAGAUGGUGCUCGUGCUUCCUCUCCUAGGCGGGAGCUGCCCUCUCCCCAACGACUCCGUGAGUGGUACGCACGGCGCUGCAGUCUCAGGAGUGGCGCUCCUAGUGUUGCGGACCCUGCUACUGGUGCUGCGGACCCUGGAGUUAGAGCUGGUGCUGGUGCUACGGACCCGGGCGUUGGAGCUGCUGCUGGUGCUGCGGACCCUGGAGUUGGGGUUGCUACUGGUGGCUCGGACCCUGGAGCUGGGGUUGCUACUGGUGCGGCGGACCCGGGAGUUGGAGCUGCUGCUGGUGCUGUGGACCCUGGCGUUGGAGCUGCUGCUGGUGCUGCGGACCCGGGCGUUGGAGCUGCUGGAGCAGCUGGUCCUGGAGGUGCUUGUGCUGGAGGUACUGGAGGUGCUGGAGGUGCUGCUGGAGCUGCUGGAGGUCUCGUGCUGUCUCUGCUGCUGCAGGGGGCACCUCACGGCCGCGGCCGUACUUCGUUCCACUCCUUCAGAAGGUUCUUGCGUGUCCCUCUGCCGUCUCCUCCUGAGUCCUCUCUCCCUGCUCUUGCUGACCCGGAGUCUGACUCUCUUCGUGCUGCCAGUCCUACUGUCACGCGUCUCCUGGCCACUGCUGUCACUGACCCUUGGUUUGAGUUUGCUGCUGCGUCUGCCCUAGUUGCUGAGCUUGUCGACUUUGCUGCUCGCUGUCGCCUAGACUACGCUGCCAGUCUUGUCGCUGAGUCUGAGUCUGUCUGUCCUCCGUCUGUCGGGGGUGAGUGUGCUCUUAGCACGGACGUCCUUGAGGACGGACAGGAGGAUCUUGAGUGUCUUGCAGCCGCUGCGCCCCAUCUCGUGUCCAUGCUAGUUGCCCCUGAGGGAGACCUGGAUGCACCAGACAUCCCGACUCCUCGAUCGUACGCUGAGGCGAUCGAGGGUCCCUACUCCUCACAGUGGCAGUCAGCCAUGGACGCAGAGAUGGCUUCCUGGAAGUCCACAGGCACCUACAGCUAG